CUACCUGAGCCGUCAGUGUCUCAUUCCAGCACGGUCGAGCCUGCCGGGAGGGGGUUUCUGUUCAACAGCUCCGCAACGAUCAUUUCAUUCGGAAACUUGGUCGGAAUUUGUAUUUAUAACAAACAACGUCUUCUUUUUUUUAAUUUAUUUAAAGCCUAACAUUUCGUUUCACUUUAACCGCUAGCUCGAAGUCGUAUUUUGUACAAGAAAAAAAACAAGAAAAGCUAAGUUUUCAGGACAACCGGUCGUGCUAACAAAGAAAAUCCUUUCUCUUGAGAAAUAAUCCCCCACUACUCUCUUUAGUUAUGAGUCAUGUGGUCGUUGAUAAUCCACACGGUCUAGAUCAGCAGCUUGCUGCCCUAGACUUGAACUCUGCUGACGGACAAGGCGGAGGAACUGGCAGGCGUUACAUUCCACCUCACUUGAGGAACAAAGAUGCUUCUAAAAACGCAGGAAAUGCUUAUUCCGCUGGUAGACAGUGCGGUUAUUCAGUGGCACCAGUAAAUUUCUAUUCACCUGGAUGGGAUGGCGGACGCAGCAAUGGGUUUGUGAAUGGUUACCACGACAACCGCACAAACGGCGGCUUCGGAGGGCGCGGACCCCCUCGCAAUGAUAGAGGUGGGCGUGGCGCCUACCGCGGUAACAGGGGUGGAGGCUCGUUUAAUCAACCAUUACAAAACGCAGGGGAAACGCGGGUAUUUUCUGCUUUUGGGUUUGGCACUUACGAAAACAAAGAUGGUGGCUGGGGAGGACCUCCCAGAGAUGCUGCCUAUAACAGCUUCGGAGGACGUAACGACAGGUCCAAGUCUGCCUUCUUCAAUGACCGUGGGGCGGGCUCAAGGGGAAGAUAUGAGCGUGGGGGCUUUGCUGGUGGAGGCAACAGCCGCUGGGUGGAGGACUCCAGAGAGGAUGACUGGUCCAAGCCCACAGCUCCAAACGAGCGCCUGGAACAUGAGCUUUUCUCUGGAAGCAACACUGGCAUAAACUUUGAGAAAUAUGAUGAUAUUCCCGUGGAGGCAACUGGGAGCAACUGCCCGCCACAUAUUGAAAGUUUCCAUGAUGUGGAUAUGGGGGAGAUUAUCAUGGGAAACAUCACCCUGAGUCGCUACACUCGUCCCACCCCGGUCCAGAAACACGCUAUCCCCAUCAUCAAGUCCAAAAGAGACCUGAUGGCCUGCGCCCAGACUGGCUCUGGCAAGACUGCUGCCUUCCUGCUGCCAGUGCUGAGUCAGAUCUACACUGACGGACCAGGAGAUGCUCUGCAGGCAGCCAAGAACAGUGGACAGGAGAAUGGAAGGUACGGCCGCCGUAAGCAGUAUCCGAUCUCCCUUGUCCUGGCUCCAACCAGAGAGCUGGCUUUACAGAUCUACGAUGAGGCGAGGAAGUUCGCCUAUCGCUCUCGCGUGCGUCCCUGCGUGGUCUACGGCGGCGCUGAUAUUGGUCAGCAGAUCAGGGACUUGGAGAGAGGCUGUCACCUAUUGGUGGCCACACCUGGACGUCUGGUCGACAUGAUGGAGAGGGGCAAGAUCGGUCUGGACUACUGCAACUACUUGGUCCUGGAUGAGGCUGACCGCAUGUUGGACAUGGGUUUUGAGCCACAGAUCAGGCGCAUUGUGGAGCAGGAUACAAUGCCACCUAAAGGCAUUCGCCAGACCAUGAUGUUCAGCGCAACCUUCCCCAAAGAGAUCCAGAUCCUGGCUCGUGACUUCCUGGAUGACUACAUUUUCCUGGCAGUGGGACGUGUUGGUUCCACUUCAGAAAACAUCACUCAGAAGGUUGUCUGGGUGGAGGAGACCGACAAGAGGUCCUUCCUUCUUGACCUGCUCAAUGCCACAGUUAUUCCCAGUGAGGUUCAGGAAAAUGUGACAGAGGCCCCAGAGAAGCCGGGUAAAGACUCCUUGACUCUGGUGUUUGUGGAAACAAAGAAAGGAGCAGAUGCUCUGGAAGACUUCCUUUACCACGAGGGCUAUGCCUGCACCAGCAUCCAUGGAGACCGAUCCCAGAGAGACAGAGAGGAAGCUCUGCAUCAGUUCAGAUCUGGACGCUGCCCCAUCUUGGUGGCUACAGCUGUGGCUGCUAGAGGGCUGGACAUCAGUAAUGUGAAGCACGUCAUUAACUUUGAUUUGCCCAGUGACAUUGAGGAGUACGUUCACCGUAUUGGCCGUACGGGACGUGUGGGCAACCUUGGUCUGGCCACGUCGUUCUUUAACGACAAAAACAGCAACAUAACCAAAGAUUUGCUGGACAUUCUGGUUGAGGCCAAGCAGGAGGUCCCCUCCUGGCUUGAGAGCCUGGCCUACGAGCACCAGCACAAGAGCAGCAGCCGUGGACGCUCUAAGAGGUUCUCUGGUGGGUUCGGAGCUAGAGACUACCGUCAGACGUCUGGAGGCUCUGGAAGCUUUAGUAGCAACCGUUCAGGACGUAACACUGGAGGCCAUGGGGGAAACCGCGGCUUUGGUGGAGGUGGCUUUGGAGGAAACUUCUACAGCAACGACGGCUACGGAGGAAACUACAGCCACUCUGGUAGUGUGGAUUGGUGGGGCAACUAGUCGCCAUAGGAAUAGGUUGCCAUGCCAACCCGACCCAAUGGAAACCACAUGUUAACUUAAGCCAGACCAUAACAACCCUCCCUGUGUAGCUUCACUGACACACAGUACAUUACCAACCCUGGUUCUCUGCCAUUCGCUUCUCUCAAAACGGAAGUGCAGCACGACGCAAAGGAGAGUCACCAGCACCGUGCGACGCACCGGAGACCGCAGAGAUUCGCACACCUCAGAGUGAGCAUGGAUGCUGACAUGCAUUGUCCGACAGCAACCUCGGACUUUCAUUGUUAAAAGUAUUUUUGUUCUUUUUUUGUGGAAAAAAAACCCAAUUGAGUAACCUGAGGAUCAUUUGUAUGUUAAUGUACUGUGCCUUUUGAAUUUAAACAGGAAAUCUGUGUUUUCAUUUCACCAGAUGAAUAUGGCCAAGAGCUCUAAAUUUGUUUUUACUAUUAUUUUGUUUGGUGGAAAUAUAUAAAGAUGUACAAAAAAAAAUAGGCUUGGACUUAAUCAAACCUUGGCAAACACUGGGGUGUUGUGGCUCUCAGUCACGAUUCCAUUUGAACUUCAAAUUUAUUGCAGGAACAUCAUGUAGCUUUUUCUAUAGUCAAACAGCUAAUGGAGCCAUUACUAUAUUUAACACAAACUGGGCCACUCUGUGAAGCAACCAUAUUUUAAUCCUGAAAGGACAAAGUUACAUUUGUUUUUCUUGUUCUUUUUUGCUCACUCUAUCCUGGACAGGCUCCUUUUUACGGAUAUGGUAGUCUUUGAAAUAGCCAUUCCUAUUGUAAUCUUAAGAAACACAGAAGUCAUUAAGCUCAGUGCCAACAAUCGCUGAGGUUGAAACAAGAAUAAUCAAUGCUGGAAUUUGUUACUCCACACUUAACAAUUGACUUGACAGUGUUACGGCAGCUAGUAUGUUACCAAGUGCUAGCUACAUUAAGUGGGCGGUGUUUUUUGUUUAUUUUUACUUGAGACAUUUUUGGUGCAGGUGUAUGCAGAAUUGAAAAACUGAGUCAGUUUUUUGAUUUGUUUUGUUUUUGAGUUGUUUCUCUACAAAUAUGUAUCAAAACAAAAAAUGCCUGCCAUCUUGAAAGUGAAGUUCAAAAUGGCUGCAUGCAUAAAGGACCACAGCAUCGGGAGGGCACAGCGUGGUGUUAGUGUUUUUACCGAGUCGACCUGCAACCACGAGGCCCAGAUGGUAUUCUACGCUUGCAAGUGUUUUGUUUUUUGGUCAAGGAGGAAGGACACGUGAACUGAGUCGCAGGCUUAACUUAAUUACAAACGUUUUCUCUUUUCAAGCUGCGUUGGAGGCAUGGUUCAUCUUUAAGAGACGGGCAUUUGAAUGAUCACUGAGGUUUCCAAUUAAAACAGCGAGCAACGGAGCGGGGUAGAAGCAGCUCUCCGACCACUGGGGUUUAGAGGGGAAGCGGGGGUAGGCGUUGGGGCGCAGUUUUCAGUGCACCGCCGUUGUCAGUGGCUUUGGUUUCCAUUGCUACGUAGUGUAACUGUGGAGGUGGCCAAAGAUGGUGGGGGACAGGAGAGUGUCCACUUCCUCUAUGGAACAUUAAAAGUACUGUCAGGUCCUCUGGGAGUUUCAUCUGCUCAGACUUGUAUUAAAAAAAAAAAGAAAAAAAAAAAAUCAGCGGCUUCACGGAGCCAGAGCAGGCUUUUCCUCUCAAAGAGGAGCAGCCAUUGAGACGAGGAGAGGUGGGGGCGUUUCAACCUCAAAAACUUAAAAUGCUCCCAGUUUUCUCAUCGGGUGUGUUGUGCCUUGAAACCUUUUUUUUUUUUUUUAAAGAAAUUGAACUAAAAGCGGAUGCACUGACAGUGUUGAGAACUUGAGAUUGAAUGGUGCUACUUGAUUUAGGUGUGUAGGCCCUUGUAUGUCGUGCCCAUCAAGUUUUACAAAAAGUUGUUUUAUUGCACAUCUAGAGUUUUAUAUAGAUGUCUUGGAUAUGUGUCCUUAAGCUUCCAAAUAUUGUGUGAGAGGAGAUUGUGGGGAAAAAAACGCAGCUUGUUUACAAAGGGGAAGGGUUCUCAACGUUCAAACCAGGAUUUAUUUGGGACCAGGGGAUUUAGCAGUCAGGGGAAUUUAGCCAUUUGCACAGAUUUCUAGAUUCUACUUUUGCUGCUAGUUUUGUGUAAUUUAUUAAGCAUUUUUGACAAAUAUUUAUUUUUGUAAGCCUCAAAGUGAUUCUUUGAAAGUUUCAGAAACUUGACCAAAAGACAGUACAAAAAACACUGGCACUUGAAUGUUGAAUGUCACCUGUAUGCGUGAAAUUUAUAUAUUUCGGGGUAGUGUGAGCUUUUUAAUGUUUAAGAUACAUUGGACUCAGUAAAUAAUAUCCACAGCUGUUUCAGGGCCUCCUCAGGGCCGGUCAUCUCUAUUAGAAUAUACUAAUUGGUCAACAAAAUUUGAAAUGGAAUUGAACAAACAUGCCAAGGUUUGGAAUAAAGCUGUCAAAAGAGCAAAUAAAUUUCCUAAGCAUAUCAGUGCAGAAGUGUUCAGAUUCUCCAAUUGUGUGCAUUAUUGAUUCUUUAUUCUAAUUUGACCUGAUAAUUAUUUUUCUCCAGUGAAUGUCUGGCACAUGGCAAUCCUUAAAGAAACAAACAUGUGGUUUAUUCUCAUUGUUGUAUUUGCAUAUAUGACGCCUCUUGAGUUCUCCUUGAAUGUGGAGCAGGUCUGCAGCGCUGAUUUCUAAAGCGGCUUCCUUGUCGCCACCGUUUGGGAUGAACAGAAGGCUGCCGAACCCGAGACUUGUUCCACGAUCUCUGGAGAACCCUAGAAGUCUUUAGAUGUAGACUUUGCUUUCUGUAUUAGCUUAUAGGCUACUGCACUGCAUGGGAAAUACUCAGCUGUGCAAAUUGUAUGAUUUUACCAAAAUAAAAAAUGUUUCGAAUGCAAAAAGUAUCUGGCAAAAUCAAGCAUGUUUCAUGAAGACUUGUUUACCAUAGAUGUGCAGAGAAGAUCUGUAGCAAGCGGCCUGUUGCCUUGUGUGGAUACAAGGCGGACGGGCGGCAAAUCUCAAUUCGGUAGAUUGGAUGGGCUUUGUUUCUUUUGGAAAUAAAAAAUACAGAAAGAUUUCAUUUGUAAA